GUGACCCGAAUCGGGAAUGGCGCUGGGCCCUGAGCACUUUCGUCGUUCUGGAAGACGGAGUCUUUCUGAAUGGAGAGCUGGCUGGAUACUGCCAUCUCAUGGCGAAUGCCAAGGUGCGUCACGAUGUUCUGCCUUUCUGCGUGAUGGACGAUGUCCUGCUGGUGGAUCGAGUAGCCUUGAGUCGGCAAAGCAAGUCCGAAAAGGAGCUGCUCUGCUUUCGUUUCGAGAAGAUUCAUUGUGUUCGCAAAUACCGGGCUUUGCUGAGCGGGGGCUUUUUGAGCAUAACGUGCCGAGCGUCAUACACAGGCGACUACGACAAGCUGGAGGAGAUGCUGGCAACCGGUGACGAGAAAACGCUUUUCAACGGCGACUUGAAUGGCUUCGUCAACAACAUCACCGCGAUGCAGAUGGCAGCGAUGGCCGGACAGACCGAGUGCGUGGCGCUCUUGCUAAAGGCGAAGGCGGACCCCCACGUCAAGGAGAGCAUGAAUUAUGGAAACGAUCCCGAGGACGGCAGAACAGCGCUGGAAUUUGCCAAGGAGGCCGGCUAUGACGACAUCGUAGAGGUCUUGGAGCAAUCCGAGAAGGACACCCCUUAUGGGUGGUAUGUUCCUUCUGGCGAGGGCAACAAUGCGAAGGUCUACGGGUGCUGGCAGUGGGGCAAGAAGCCGCCAAAGGGGUACUUCUCUUCCAGGCCCGGUGCUGCGGAGGCGAAUGGCUUCGACCCUAUGAAGUACGGAACCGGCCCCAUCAAGGACGACGACGAUGAGGAAGAGGUGGUGCAGAUGCUGGAUGCCCCCAAGAUCACGCCAGCUGCCCCCAAGGCAUUGCCGGCCACCCCUGCAGAGCCUGCCACGCUUCCUGUCCGAGUCCCGGAAUCGAAGUACAGGGUUGAGUUGAGGACGUUGGUGUUCCAGGUGCUUUUUGUGGGGAGUCUCUGCUGCUUGGAGCAACAAUCCCGAACAAAUCACCAUCGAGCAUCCUUUCUGGAACCAUCACGAGGUUUGCCAAGGGAUCUUCCGCAUGCUGACCGGGUCUGGCACGGGCUCCUUUGUCUCAGGUCGCGCUUCUCUUCCCUGGUCAAGGCUCUCAGUGCGUCCAGGUCUGAGAGAUGCAACUUGUAG